AGCAUACAGCCUUGUCCAACUAGUCAGCGUGACAGGCUGUACUUGGACCCCCAAACCGGCUUGCUGUUGAUAACGUCUUGCAUGUUGAUACGCCUCCUGCGGACUUGUCCCCCAGUAGGGUCUGCAGAUUGCAUACAGAUUUCGUUCGGGUCUUAUUCAAAGUGUCCCAAACUUCGUCUUGGAAGACGCCCACCUUGUUAUGCGCAAGCUAGUAACAGCCCGACGACCGUUUGUUAUCUCUUCCAGAAUGGCACCCGAUGGUGCCCUGGAUGUGGAUGUGCAUGGGCCGGACAAGAAGCGUCAAAAGCUGGCAAAAUUGACGGGGUUGGGCUUCGCCAGGGACAUGGCCGAAGUCAUCGUGGAAACGCUUGGGAUGGACCCCAUCGGGCAGUCGGCCGAUGCCGCCAUCGCCAAAACAUUGUCUGAAGAAGGCUUGGUGGACUUGGCGUCAGUGAAGACCGUGGCUGGCGAGGUCGAAGUCAACGCACGGCUGGCGGAUGCGGAUUCCGAGGUGGCAAUCAAGUCGCUGAGGGCCCUCGCCCCGAACCUUAAAGCUCUCCAAGCCCUCAAGCUUGCAAAAGCAGCAUGUGCCCCGACUGCGCAGCCCGCUGACGAGUUGGGCGAGGAUGCGUCACCACGGCUGGAGAAAAAGCGCAGGACUAAUGAAGAGAUGGCCAAGGCCGUGUGUUUGAGUUUGGUUGGCUAUGGGACGCGACUUAUAAGCAGGACUUCCUUGUGUUUGAGUUUGGUUGGCUAUGGGACGCGACUUGCAAGCAGAACUUCCUUGUGUUUGAGUUUGGUUUGCUAUGGGACGCGACUUAUAAGCAGGACUUCCUUGUGUUUGAGUUUGGUUUGCUAUGGGACGCGACUUGCAAGCAGAACUUCCUUGUGUUUGUUUGAGUUUCCAUGUAAGCAACUAUGGAC